UGCGAGGUACGACUACGAUGCGUUUUAUAGAUCCUAUAGAGUGAGCGUAGUGAAACUAAUUCCAACAUAAAGAAAUCCAUCUCAACCUAUUUGCGGCGCCCGUGGGGAGCUGUAAUUCUUACCUGGCUGCAUCGAGCUUUGGAUCGUGAAUAUGCACAUCAAAGGCACGCCUGCUAUAUCCCCACGCGAGAACGCCCGUGCCACGAGCAGACAGUGCUCCAUUGUCCCUCAAACGCCUCCUCCCUUGCAGCCACCCCGCUCCGCCCAGCCACUCUCCACCACGCACGCGACACACCUCGAGCACCCGCUCCCCUCACACACAAGCGCUCAACCGCCCACACACCCUCAGUCCCGCUAUUGGGUACCAAAAGCGGGCGCGCCCGGUACACCCGUUGUCGCCAUCUCUGUAUCCUUGAUUGACGCUGCUAUUGGGCGUAUCGCGGACAUGCAUCGACAAGGGUCGCUCAUGAGGGAAGGCGAUGAUUGGAUGGAUCGCGCCGGGCAGGCUGGGCGCUGUGGUGCUUUUGCGAUGGCGGGUGGCGGACAGGGAGGCUGGGAUGGCGGGCAGAACGGAACCGAUAUUGAUCGAUAUUGCGUACCAUGCGUACCCAUCCAUGUCGUUGACCGAUCUGGGGAGCGCGACGAGCAUGCGAGGGCGCGUAGGUCAUUUGCGACUCCCCGGGUAAGAGAUACCGUUACGGGCGCGCCGGAGCGUGGGCGAGGCUGCCACUUUUGGAACUCUUGGGCCGGGGACGCGUUGUGCUGGUCGAUGGGGAGUCAGCGGCUACGGUGCUUGGCUGCAGGAUGGGAUGCGGGUCAUGUCUGCAGAAUUGGGGGCGUGAAGGUGCUCGAUGCUGACUGACUUUUGACUAGUUGCGUGGACCUUUCGGUUGCGACGAGGACUGUUCGUCGUGGUGCAGGAAGUCUGCAUGUGAGGAGCUGUUGUUGUCCGGGUGUCUG